GUAAGUGCUGUGCUCAGUCGGCUGAGCUCGGAUCAUACCAAAUUUAGGGGGAAUUUGCGCGCUAUGUGCCUCAAAUAUUGUGUAGUUUUUUAUACAGUUGUCAGUCAGGCAUCUAACUAUGAAAUAAACUAGAUUCCAAAAGACCCUGGGCUUCUGAAACAACCCGGGCUUAAGCCCAGUAAGCCUCCCUACCCGCUCCGCCGAUGAUUUACAGCCCCAGGACAAAGACGAAAACCACGCAGAACACUGAACCGUUUAUUAAGAGAGUGAAGAUGGACAACUGGACAGCGGCUCUGCUCACUGGUGUUGCCUGCAUUGUGGGAUACCUGGUUGUGCGGGUGAAAAAGAUCAACAGCCUCCGACAGGCAGAGGAAAAGAUCAAGAGAGCCAGAAACAGGAGAGAUGAGAGCUUGCAGCGGGCAGAGCAGGCGGUGCUCCGGUACAAACAGUCGCAUCCGACAACUGACUCUGCUUUCAUCCUGACACUCUCCCUGUCUGAGCUGACAAAGCAGCUGAAGGAAGGCUCACUUACCCCUGAGGAUGUGCUUUACUCUUACAUGGAAAAGACUCUGGCUGUAAACCAAAAGCUGAACUGCUGCACUGAAAUUUUGCUGGAGAGUUUGGACCAGCUGACAACUGUUGGCUCCAACAAGGAUGGUCUCUUGUACGGAGUUCCAGUUAGCAUCAAAGAAAAUAUUGCAUUUAAGGAUCAUGACUGUUCUUGUGGUGUGAUCAUUAACCUGGACCAGCCCGCUGAAAAGGACAGUGUGCUUGUUCAAGUCCUGAAGAAACAAGGAGCUAUUCCCUUUGUGAAAACCAACUUGGCCCAAGCCCUCAUGAGCUAUGACUGCAGUAAUCCUAUCUACGGGCAGACUGUGAACCCUCAUAACCCCCAGAAGACUCCUGGUGGUUCAUCUGGUGGGGAGGCGGCUCUCAUUGGGGGAGGGGGCUCCCUGCUCGGUAUAGGCACUGAUCUAGGUGGCAGUAUCCGUCUUCCGUCUUCAUUCUGUGGAAUCUGUGGUUUCAAGCCAACUGCUCACCGACUGAGUUUACAGGGUUUUCGUUCAAUUUGUCGAGGACAAAAGUCAGUGUCGUCAUCUCCUGGACCCAUGGCAAGAGAUGUGGACAGCCUGGCUCUGUGCAUGCAGGCGCUUCUUUGUGACCACAUGUUUUCUUUGGACCCCACUGUUCCACCGUUACCUUUUAACAUGGAGAUAUACAGAAGCUCCAGACCUCUUAGGAUUGGUUAUUUGGAAAAUGAUGGCUACUUGCAACCGUCUCCAAGCAUGGUCCGAGGUGUCAGAGAGGUCAAAGCUCUGUUAGAGCAAGCAGGGCACACAUUGGUUCCUUACGCUCCACUGAAAAUCAGCCAAAUUGUUCCUGAGCUAUUAAUAACGGGUGUAUAUGCAGAUGGUGCUACCACCCUUCUACAAAAACUGAAAGGGGCACUUCUGGACCCUUCUCUGAAGCGGCAGGUUUUCACACACUCGCUCCCUAAGUGGUUUAAGAAAAUCCUUUCCUUCCUACUAAAACCUGUGUCACCUCGUCUGUCUUCCAACGUGAGUGCUAUUUGUGGAGUUCGAUCUGUUUCCGAUCUGUGGAAGCAACAUGCUGCUGUUGAGGACUAUAUUCAAGAGACAAUAGCACAUUGGAGGAGCUGCAAUAUCGAUGUGCUGUUGUCCCCCAUGAUAGGGCCAGCCAGCAGGUUAUUGCACGCUGACAAAGUUUCAACUGCUGUCAGUUGCACGAUGCUCUACAAUCUCUUAAAAUUUCCUGCGGGUGUAGUCACUGUUUCCACAGUGACUGCGAAGGAUGAGGAGGAACUAAAGCACUAUAAGGGCUGUUAUCAGGACAGUUUUGACAAGUCCCUCAAAGAGGCAAUGACUGGUGGCGAGGGUCUACCUGUGGCGGUUCAGUGUGUUGCUCUGCCGUGGCAGGAUGAGCUCUGCCUGCGCUUCAUGAAGGAAGUGGAACAACUGGUCAAAGAAAGCAAGAAGUAAAGCUGCUUUCUUCCUCAGUCUCACAGGAGAGGCUGCAGACUUCAGAGGCAAUGUGUUAACUUGAGUAGAUCCUAUAAAUGAGAGCUGAAUCUUUCAUAAAU